UCUGCAUAUCCAGACGCGUCUCUGACUUGGUCCUUCUCCCCCAAAUCACAUCCCACUACUGCUCCGCGACUACUCUCCCCCCGCCAUGGCCCACGGCAGCCGCCGCCUCCCCUCCGGCCGCGCCUCCCCGUAGUCCACCUCCGGCCGCAUAUCGAUCCGGUGCGGCUACUCACCUCCCGGUUCCAACCACGGCGCCCGGCCUACCGGCACCACGACCAGCCACCGUCUCCAGUCUCCACCUCCUGAGUACCGCCUCGACUGGCCGCUCGACGUCGCCGCUGGCUGCUCCGGCAAAUCGCCGUCCUCUACACCGCCUCCUUCCGAAUUGCCGCCCCGCUCACUUGCAGCACGCGUAGCUGCUGGGCCAGCCGAAACCGACAGGAGGCUCGGGUCGAGAUGACGUCAUCGCCAACCGUGAGCGCGACGAUGGGGGUAAUGAAUCCGCUCCUCGGCAAGCUCGCCACGCUGAUGGGGGACGAGUACAGGAAGCUCAAGGGGGUGAGGAAGCAGGCGUCGUUCCUCAUGCGUGAGCUCGGCGCCAUGAAAGCUGCCCUCGAGAAGCUGGAGGUCAUGGAGGUACUCGAUCCGCUGGCCAAGAACUGGAGAGAUCAUGUCAGAGAGAUGUCCUACGACAUGGAGAAUUGUAUCGACGACUUCAUGCGUCAAUUUGGGGGUGCCGAUGCUAAGGCCGGCCUCAUCAAGAAAACAGCUCAACGUCUCAAGACGUUGCGGGAGCGUCAUCGCAUUGCUGAGCAGAUGGAGGAGCUCAAGGCUCUUGCUCUGGAGGCAAAUGAACGACGCAUGAGGUACAAGAUCGACAAUUGCGUUGAUUCUAGUUCUGGUGUUGUGCCUGUCGAUCCCCGAAUAUCCGCAAUCUACAAGGAGGCUGCAGGCCUUGUGGGUAUUGAUGGCCCCAGAGAAGAGCUUGUCAGUUGGUUGAUUGAUACUGAGAAACAACUCAAGGUGGUAUCCGUUGUAGGGUUCGGCGGCCUUGGUAAAACUACGCUUGCCAAGCAAGUGUACAAUAAGAUUGGUGGGCAAUUUGAGCGUAAGGCAUUUGUUUCAGUUUCCCAAAGGCCUGAUAUGACAAGCCUUCUAUGUGGCCUGCAACUAAAGCUUGGAAUGGAGGAGUCUUCUCACAUUCGUGAGGUGCAAGACAUCAUCGACCGUCUUAGAGAACAUCUCACGCAUAAGAGGUACCUUAUUGUAGUCGAUGACUUGUGGGAUCAAUCGGCAUGGAAUAUUAUUAGUUGUGCCUUUCCUGAAGAUGGUAAUGGAAGUAGAGUAAUCGUAACCACACGACUAGGUGAUGUGGCUUUCCAUGCGUGUCUCCAUGACCGUGAGUGCAUUUACCAAAUGAAUCCCCUCCAAGAGCAAGACUCAAGAAGUUUAUUCUAUAAUAGAGUAUUUGGGUCUGAAGAUAGCUGUCCACAACAAUUUAAAGAAGUUUCAGCUGAAAUUUUGAAGAAGUGCGGUGGAUUGCCGCUUGCAAUCAUCACUAUUGCUAGCUUAUUAGCUAGUCGUCAAGCAAGAUCAAGGAGUGAGUGGGAGAGCAUAAGGGAUUCACUGAGCUCCAAGUUUGCCACAAAGCCCACCUUGGAAGAGAUGAGGAGUAUAUUAAACCUGAGCUACAUGCAUCUUCCUCUUUAUCUCCGUGCAUGUUUUCUGUACCUUGGCAUGUAUCCAGAGGACCGUAAGAUUAGCAAGGUUGAUCUGGUCCGACAAUGGGUGGCUGAAGGGUUUGUCAGUAAUUUACAUGGAUCAAAUUUGGAGGAUGCUGCGAAGAGUUACUUCCAUGAGCUUAUCAAUAGGGGCAUGAUUCAGCCUGAAGAUACCAUAUGUGGGGAGGUGUUGUCAUGUAGUAUUCAUGAUAUGAUGCUUGAUCUGAUCUUAAGCAAGUGCGGGGAAGAUAAUUUUAUCCGUGUGGCAUAUGACUAUAAAGACAUGGCACAAUGGGAUGGCUGCAACUACAGGGUCCGUCGACUAUCUCUGAAAUUAAGUGCUGGUAGCGCAACAUCGGGGACCAUUGCUACUAGCUUAACACAAAUUCGAUCAUUUGCAUGGUUUGGCGAGUCCAAGUACACACCUCCUCUUUCGGAGUUUAAGUAUCUACGUGUGCUUCUCUUUGAAUUUCCAGAUUACCGGGAGAUGGUAGUCGACCUCACUGCUGCUGGCCAGUUGUUUCAACUUAGGUAUUUGAAGGUUUCAGCUGCAUCAGGCAGCAUUGAGCUUCCUACUGAAAUCCAUGGGCUUGUUCAUUUGGAGACAAUUGAUAUAGAUUGCCGAACGGCACAAAACAUCCCGUCAGAUAUAGUCAUGUUGCACCGCUUGUCCCAUUUGAUUCUUCCGCGUGAUACAGGACUGCCAAAUGGGAUUGGGAACAUGAAAUCGCUACGUACUCUACGUUGUUAUUGCAUGGGCAAGAGCUCAUUGGAUGAUAUUGAGGGCCUCGGCGAGCUCACUAAUCUGAGGGAACUGACACUCACUAAGUCCUACAAGUUUGAUAUGGUGAAGGCAGGGGUUGAAGCCUUGGUCUCCUCCAUUGGAAAGCUCUGUGACCUCAAAUUUCUCUACCUUGCCUGCAAUCUUGAACAUUAUGUCGACCUGCUGGACUCAAUAUCUGAUCCUCCCCUCCGUAUGGAGAAUCUACGUCUGGGAGGAUGGCCAUUCUACAAGGUUCCAAUAUGGAUUGGUGAUCUUCAUUGCCUCCAUAGACUGUCUCUGUGUGUUGAGCGGUUGCGGACUGACGGUGUUCAUGUUCUUGGGCAGCUGCCGUCCCUCAUGUAUCUCAGUCUCAAGGUGUUGUGCAUUCCUCAAGACAAUGCUGUCAUAAUCUGUACAGGAUCAUUCCCAGUUCUGGAGUGUCUUGCUCUCAGGUCUCGUGAUGAUGAUGCAACGGCAUGCAUGGGGUUUGAGGCAGGGGCUAUGCCCAAGCUUCGAAGGCUCGUUCUAGGAGUACAUGAUAGGUGGGGUGGUGGCAGUGCUAUGCCAGUGGGCAUGGUGCAACUCUUAUCCCUUGAGCAAAUCCAUGUAGAUAACAUGUCAUCCAUCCAUGACGACCAUGAUGUCGAGUCUGCCUUCAGGAACGCUGCACAGGUGCACCCAAGAUGCCCUCAUGUUACAAUCUACUAGUAGUAUCUUGAUUGGCCUUCUCUGUAACUUAAAUAAGCUGUUCUCCGGUUUACUUGUUUUAUUCAUUAUUCAUUGUGUUUACUGUGUACGAGCUCUGCAAGUUAACUGCUCAUGAUACCAUGUAAUUUAUCAUGUCAGAGUUAGUAUAUUUGGCUGAAUAUCUGAA